UGAAGUGAGAAGAUUCGAAGAUUCGAGUCGAUGUUGUCUCGAAUAAACUGCGACAUUAUGAGCCGGGUGUCACCUCGCCGCGAUAGUCCUGUUGCUCGUGCGUGUGAGGUUGCGGGUACGCGGAGCCCUCGCAUGUCGCCAAUACAUACCUCGCACUUUUAAUCAAUAAUUCGCGGUGACAUUCGUCGUGAUGGCUCGCCUCCAGGUGGGGACACGAGGUAAAGCCCGGGUUUAAGUUCUCCGGGAAAAUCACGGACGCCAUACGAUUUAUCCUGUGUCCAGCUGUCAUUAGGCGAUUGUUCCGUGGUGAGAUCUGGCACACUCGCUGUUUUCUUGCACGUUGUAACGUUAGAUUACUCAGCCCGGAGCGCGCGUCGGGUCUGGACCUGGGGCGCCGCGCUGUCCUGGCCGUUACACACAGUCACACGCACGUCGGAGCUUCCACGCCCGCUCUUAUUACACUGGAUAUUUUACGUGUGAAGCCGUCGGACUCCGGGGAGAGUUAGCAGUUAGCAACCAGAGGAGCGGCUGUGCGCGGCUGGAGUGAAGGAGGAUUUUGAGAAAGCUUGGAUUUCAUUCGCGAAGUGACUUUCUCUUUUUCUUUCUCUUUGGGAAACUGACAAGAAUUAUUUUGGAAGAGGAAAAAAAUAACUUCGUCUCGAAAUGGCGGUGGUUCUUCCCUGUGAUGGACAUUAUGGAAUAUGAACAGAAUUGUACUAGAAACAUGAGCGAAUUUAAUAACAUGUCAUGAAUUUGUGCGACAUUAGCGAAUACUGACCCUGGGAGAAGAUUGCACGCGAAUACUGCAGAGACACGAUUCCAUUAUUGCUGUAACAACUCUCUACUUGCAGAAUGGACCUGAGAGAUUCGCCCGUCCUCAUGUUUACGGCCUCCACGCCUACGCCCACGCCCACCGAUGAGUCCGACGCCCCCGCCUCCCCGCCCGUCCGCCCCGACGUGGCCCGCGAAGCCGCCCGGGCCACGGCGGGCCUCGACCUGCCGUCCCCUGUGGCGCCCAAGAAGCCUCGCUACACGCCCGUGCCCACCCAGUUCCAGCACCAGUUCACGCCCGUCCUCAACCAGUACCGGCAGCAGUUCACGCCCGCGCCGAAGCCGUUCCAGGCGCAGCUCCCCGCCUCCGACUCCAGCUACAUGUGGCCGCCCGGGGUGCAUGCCCUGGCCGGCCUCGACGAGCUGCUCAUCUGCCCGAGUAAAGAUUCAGUGUUCAAAAUCAAAAACGCUGAGAAGGAAGUUCUGUUCACGGCGGAAACCGAGGACGAGGUCGAGUGCUGCUGGUGGACGGGUUCGAAGGAGACGACCAGCAUGUUCAUCGUGAAGAACACAGAUCACCAGGAAGUGUUCUACGUGAGGAGAACAUUCGAGCCUAACGGUUGUUUCCUCACCAACAGUAGCACAAGCAUCGACGUGACCUUCCCCUCGGAGGUGCCAGUGGGUCACGUGAUCACAGAGGGCCGGAAAUACGUGCUGACCAACCCAUCGGCUGACGUUUUGCUGCGCGUGUGGAGGGACGGCCUCAUGUGUGGUCCUAGGCCGUACAAGAUCUACUCCGACGACGGCGAGGAGGUCGGCUCCAUCGAGUGCCACAACUCGGCCAAGAACAGACUGGUGUUCCCCGCCGACCAACAGAUCAGGAACAAGGUGCUACUCCUGGGAACCGCCCUCGACAUAAUCACUCGAUACAGGUGUCGGCGGCCGGAAACGCAAGCCUCCGCCGCCGUCAAGCUGUUCCCCCUGGAGAAGAUAACGCCCAAGGAGAUCCGGGAGCGCGUCUUGAAAGUGUAGUGUCGGCAGUCACUGUAUCUCUAAGUGUCUAAGCUACUUUUUUUUAAAGUCUCGAGGCGCUGUACCUUUAAAAGGAGGUCGAAGUUGUUUCCACUUUUUUUUUCGAUGCUGUGACUCCGUGUAUCGAUGUCGGAUCUGUGCAUCGUAUGACCGGAACUCCUAGAGUGUUUUUAAAUGUGUACCCACAACGGACGCUCCAAGGACAGAUCGCAAGUGGCACGGGAGACAGCCGGGAGAGACAGCUGGACGAGACGAUUAAAAGCUCGCACAGAACCGAGGAGUCAAGAGAGACACGAGCCAAGUUUGGAAGCUUAUACUCGUCACGCCACAAAGGACAUUGCAUAUCAAGUCGUGGAUACAGUUUGUGUUGCUAAGCUUACCGUCGAUCUUGUUUCUGGCAACAGCUUCAAGGUUAUGUUCACGUAUGCGUUUCAGUGAUUUAUUUAAUCUGAAUAUAAUGAAUAAAUCAUUCAUAUAUAAAUAAAUAUAUAUACACAUAUAGACAUAUGUAUGUGUAUAUAUAAAGAUUUAAUGACAUGCACAAAGUCUGUAGUUGCAAACUUAGUGUAUUCCAAGUGCAGAACAGAUCCUGCUGCAACAGCUCACCGGAUGCGCACAGAAUUGGCUAAACAGGUUUGAAUAAUGGGCGAGAGAAUUCCGGUCCUUAGCGAUAAUGCGACACCACUGCACUCGCCACCUCUUUGGGAUAACGAGCAGAAUGCAUUAGUUCUGCAUGACGGUUUUUCAUGGUCGCACUUGCGCUACAGCUCUCAUGACAGGGCUUCAUAAACCACACAGGAGAGCCACAGAUCGUAAAACUGCUUGACGGAGGAGGAGGAGGAGGAGGUGUUCGGAGCCUCAGUGUGAGCGGCGGUUCGAAGCACUCGGGUGAGUCACGCGUUUCGACAAGUGCUUCAUAAGCUGUGAUUUGGUUUAUUGCCGUUUUGUCACGAGACCUUGACACGGAAGGAGUCGCGUGUGGAGACGAAGGAAGAUUGUGAAUUAUGAAUAUAUAAAGUUUCUAGAAUAAUGGUUGACGGCUGCGAAGACAAGCAAGUGAUAUCACGUGUGGGCUGGUCGGAUUUCGGUAUGAAUUACGAAUCCACUUUUUACAUAGUUGUGUUGAUGUCCCAUAGGUUGCAUUUUAAAUGUUUCAGCUGACUACGUACAUCCAUUUGAUUUAA